CGAGGAGAAAGCUAAAUAAGUAUGGGGAGAGGGAAGAUUCCGAUCCGUAGGAUCGAGAACCCAACUAGCAGGCAAGUCACUUUCUCGAAACGAAGUAAUGGGUUGUUGAAGAAGGCGAAAGAAUUGGCAAUUCUGUGUGAUGCUGAAGUUGGACUCGUUAUCUUCUCUAAUACCGGGAGACUCCAUGAAUAUGCUAGCUCAAGCAUGACAAAGGUAACAGAGCGAUACAACAAAGUGAAGGAGGAAUGUCGUCAACUGGUGAAUCCUACUGCGGAUGUGAAGUUUUGGCAAGGCGAAGCAGCUAGGAUGAGGCAACAACUACAAUACUUGCAACAAAGCCACAGGCAGCUAUUUGGAGAAGAACUUUCUGGCUUGAAUGUAAAAGAUCUACAAAAGCUGGAAAACCAACUGGAAACAAGUCUAAAAAAUGUCCGGAUCAAUAAGGAACAUAUUUUCACAGAAGAAAUCAAAGAACUACACAGGAAGGGAAAUCAUAUUGUUCAAGAAAAUAAAGAACUGCAGAAGAAAGUAACCCUCCUGCAUCAAGAGAAGUCAGAUUUGCAAAAGAAGAUAUAUAGAUUGUGGACCAUGGAUGAAGCAAACAGAAACUCCAAUGCCUCCUAUUCCCUUAGAAUUAAUGACUUAAACGCACUCCAGCUAAGCCAGCCUCAACCACAGAAGAAAGACAUACCAGCAGACACCAUGAAACUAAGGUUAUAAUUUGCAAUCUGAAGCAAGUUGAUGGUUAUGACCAGUUUCAGUGAAUCCACAUAUCUGCUAGGUGCCAAGAAUUUAUUAUCGCACAUCUACAAGAGACUUGAGCAAUACAAGAUCUACCUCUGUUGAUAUGACCAUUCUGCUGCAAAAGCUCCAGAAUA